AUGAUACCAUUGGUUUCUGAUCAAAAUUCCAUUACUACCCCUCUUGAAACAGAGCUACAAAAUAUCAAGAAGGAGCAAGAGCAAGCCACAAAGCUACAUCAACAAAAGAAAUCGAUGCUAAAUUCGGAGUGUGAAAAAGAGAUGUUAGAGAUACGGAAAAAGUACGAUGCUUUGAUAGAUGAAUCUGAGAUGUGUCUAACAAAAAAGAUGAAGGUUCUAGAAGGAUAUUAUGAUCUUGCGUAUGCCAAUAAAGUAUUGGCUGAGACUUUAACAAAGGAUUGUGAUGAUUAUCUUGAUAAAGAAAUGAGGGGAGUGAGGAUUCGUGAAAUCCCUGCAUCGACACUUGUACAAUCACAGAACCGAUGUACAACAAGUGGCCAUACUUUGCGUGCUCCAGCCCCUCAUUUAAGAUCAAACCCUUCAUUAUUUUCAUCAUUUCAUAACCUCACAGGAAUGCCAGUAUUGGGUUCAAAUUAG